AAAUCUAAAAUGUGAAUUUGUAAAUAAUAUGUAUCAUUUACACAAGCUGUUUUUCUUUCAUUUAUCUUUGAUCUCAAAAAAGGAAAACUCGAUCGAGUCAGAUAUCGUCUAUUCGUGUCUUAUUUGUACGGGAAGUGAGAAACAUCAAAUCCCCGUAAUUUAACUUGCAGGAUGAAACUGGUCUGACAGUGUUUCUUAGAAUGAUCAUGGAGGCAUUUACAAGAUGAAUAUCAUUUCUAGUGUUGUAAGUAAGGUGUUUCAGUUUUACGGACCAUCUAAUAAAAAUAAUGUGGAAAGGACAACAAAAAUGGAGGAGAAAGCUCUAGAAGUUUAUGAUGUAAUUCGCACAAUUCGGGAUCCAGAGAAACCUAAUACCCUUGAAGAAUUGGACGUUGUCACAGAAAAGUGUGUCGAAGUUCAAGAACUCGGGGAUGACGAGUACCUUAUCAUUAUAAAGUUCUCCCCUACAGUCCCCCACUGUUCUCUGGCUACUUUGAUAGGCCUCUGCUUACAAGUGAAACUACAACGAUGCCUCCCAUUUAAGCACAAGCUGGAAAUUUACAUUGCUGAGGGAACACAUUCAACCGAGGAAGACAUUAACAAACAAAUCAAUGAUAAGGAGCGUGUAGCAGCAGCGAUGGAGAAUCCUAACCUGCGGGAAAUAGUGGAGCAGUGUGUUACUGAGCCUGAUGAUUGAAUCUUUCCUUCCCUCAGACACUUGCACUCAUAUAUAGGCAUGGCCUUGUCUGAUGCCUAAGAGUGAUGAAAUCUUUACUUAUUAUAAGCCAGUGUUUUUGUUUGUUUGUAUUAACAUUCUAUGCUGGUUCAUUUAUGAGGAUGAAUUUACUCAAACAAUGGGCCAGAGUUUUAGAAUCUUUGUCAUGUUUGUAUAAAUUAUCCUGUCCUGUUCAGUUAGCCAUUCAGGUAAACAUCUCAACCACUCAGUUGCCUCAGUGAAUCAUGCUCUCAUCCUUGCCUCAGUGAAUCAUGCUCUUACCAGGA